GUGUGGAUUGCACAAAGGGCCCCCGGCUGAGAGCGUUCCGUCUAGUCAGUUUCUGUCUCUGCAACUGACCAGCAAGAUGUGAAUUUGUCUCUGGCUGGCUGUGGAAAUUAUUUUUCACGUGGGGGUGGCGUUCGAUAGACCACGCAGCCCACCCCCGCAAACUCCAGGGAGACCAUGCUCUAAGGCUUUUCUUCCAAAGCCAGCAACUGCUCGUGAGUCACCAUGGCAACCAAGCAACCCCCGCCUCUAAUGAAGAAGCAUAGCCAGACGGACCUGGUGAGCCGACUCAAGACACGGAAGAUCUUGGGAGUUGGAGGGGAAGAUGAUGAUGGGGAAGUUCAUAGGUCUAAGAUCAGUCAAGUCCUGGGAAAUGAAAUAAAAUUUGCUGUGCGGGAACCCUUGGGGCUCAGGGUCUGGCAGUUCGUCUCUGCUAUCAUAUUUUCUGGGGUCGCCAUCAUGGCUCUCACUUUCCCUGAUCAGCUCUAUGAUGCCGUCUUUGAAGAAGAAUCCGUCAACAGCAAGACUCCUAUCAGGCUGUACGGAGGAGCCCUCCUCAGUCUCUCCCUUAUCAUGUGGAAUGCCCUGUACACAUCUGAGAAGGUCAUCAUCCGUUGGACCCUGCUGACAGAAGCCUGUUACUUUGGGGUGCAGUUCCUAGUUACCACCAUCACCCUGGUUGAGAGUGGCCGGAUAUCCACAGGUGCCAUGCUCCUCCUCACCAGCCGGAUCCUCUUCACCCUCAUCACCGUUUACUAUUAUUACCAAGUUGGACGGCGACCCAAGAAAGUCUAAUCCCUGAGGAUUUUUUUGGCGGGGGAGGAGGGGUUCUGUUAAUAAUUUUCCUUUCUUUUUUUUUUUUUUUUUUUUUUGGUCCCCCUUUUGUUCUAAAGCAAUUUCCCUUUUUUUCCACUUACCAGCAUGAAUCAGUAUGUAAACCCAGGGCUGGCUCCAUUGCCACAAAGCGCAGGGGGAGAGCCGACCCCUGCAGCCCUCCCCAUAUCUGUCUAGAGAAGGCAAGUGAAUGCAGCAGGGAAGGCUGACAAGACAUAAGGACCAGUCAGGCUCAGGGACAAUGGAGGAAACCGGCCAGUGGAAUCACAAGCUCAGAAACCUUUUCAGCAAAGCACAAAAUGAUUGCAGCACAUAGAAACUGAAUCCUAGAGGGGAGAGGAAGCAAAGGCAGCUGGCAAAGGACUCAAUCUAGCUCCUGUAGGCUUGGAGCCGCUCAUUUGCCUUUCACUCACACAUAGAGCCUUUUCCCCCUUUAGUGAGUAGACUUCAGCACUAAUCCUGGCCAGCCCUCUAAGGCAGGGCUGCUGACACAGCUCCAAUCAGAUAGUGUUGCAGUUUUUAGAGACAACACCCACUGUAUUUACUCUGUGCUGACAGAUGCAAUAGCAAUGCUGGCAGAACACAGUGGCUUAAAUACAGCAAGAAAAGAGGGUGGUAUCUUUAUUCUCUCUCAUCACAGUCCUGUGAAACUCCAAGCCAAGCUACAUCCAAAUCUUGUGUGGAUCUCUGUAAGGGAGAGUGGUGCAAAAGGAUGGAGAAAACUCUUGGGUUGCAUUAGGGGAGAAAUGUAAAGAGCUGUUGAAUAGUCUAGUCUCUAAGACUGAAUAAGCCUCGUUGUCUUGGAAGUUUGGUAUAUAGUCUAGGCUGCUGCUUGUAUUUUUUCCCCUAAUUCCUAUUGCAGUAGUUCCCCUGCAGGUAACACUAGUGAGUGCACUAGCAUAGAUCAGCCAAUGACACUUUAACCAGUCCCCUACUUCGGUCUAGCUGAAGCCAUGGUUAAAAUACUCCCCUUAUGUCCUGUCUAUGCUAGAGCCCCCUCUUUGCUACUGCUUGUGGAGCUGUAUCAGUGUUAAGGAGAGUGAGGAAAAAGGCUCGUGUCAAUGAGGACUGCAGGGGGUAAAUCAGUGUUCUGUAGGUACUUGUGUGAAUCUUACUCUAGUGAAGUGAGGGACUAGAUGAGCCAGCUGGUCUUCUCCACUCCUAAUGUACAGGUACCAAUUUCCCCUUGGAUUCAGCAGAAAAAAGGACCCAAUGCUGAGGUCUUAUGUCUUCAGGAUUCUAUUUGGCUGGGAUAAAGAAUGGCUGAGCAGGGAAAAGUACUAGGCCCAUCUUGCCUUCCCCAGGCACUCUAAGACUUCAUUAUUCCCUGACCAUUGCCUCUCAUUGCUCUUGAGGCUGAGGAGGACUUAACCCUGGCUCCACAGCACUGGCUCUUCUAUGCUUCUAGUGACAAUCCUGGAGAAGAUAGUAUGUUGCCCCACCUGCUUUCCAGUACCAUGCUGCUUGUUCUCCACUGUACUGAAAUCCAAAGGAUUGGACAGAUGGCAUAGACUUAUUCAUGUACCACCAGGGGAGCUGUUGGGCUGGACCAGUCUGUGCCCAGGAGUAGAGCUGACAGACCUGGAAUAAACAUGUGCAGGCUCUUG